GGAUUGUGCAUAAUAUAUUAUAGCGCCUAUUCUAUUGUAUGCGUAACAUAAUAUAAUAAAAUCAAACGCAAGAUACUGCAUGGUACACCUGCCUUACGUUAAUGGGAUAUUAAACCUCAUGGGUCGUAGUACAACUGGUCAAUCUAGUCCUGUGAUUGAAAUUAAACCGUCAUUUUGUUGGGACUCAAUGUUGGUACGACUAGCUGGAUUCUCUGGGGCAUUGGCUGUUAUUGCGAGCGCUUAUGGUGCUCAUGGUUUCAGAGAUGAACAAGAUAAACAAAGACAAAUUUUCAAAACUGGGGCCUAUUAUCAUUUGGUUCAUUCGGUGGCUUUGUUAACCACGCCUUUAUUCAGACGUCCUGUUUUGUCUGCUACUCUUUUCGCCACUGGAACUCUACUGUUCUCUGGUUCAUGCUAUUAUGUGGCUCUAACUGGAGAUGAUCGAUUUUCUAGAAUAGCACCUAUUGGUGGCAUGACUCUUGUGUUCGCCUGGCUUUCUUUGGUUUUCUAACAAUUGCGCCAACUAUUUCGAGAGCUGUUUAUUACUAUUCGUUCAUUUUUCUACAAAUUAAUCCGUAUACCAUAAACAUGUCAUUUUAUUUUUAUUCUCAGCAUACUAGUUAAUAAAUAGUUUAUAAUUGGAGU